GAGAAAAACAAGAAAGACAGCCUCUUCCAUGAUGACAACUUAAUAGCAUCCAUACUCGACCUGGUCAUGGCAGGAACAGAGACCAUAGCCACAACGCUCCAGUGGGCCAUCCUGCUGAUGAUGAAAUACCCAGAGAUUCAAAAAAAGGUGCAGGAGGAGAUUGGGAGAACCGUCAAAGCUGGAAGCGGGCCACGUAUGAGGAUCGGAAUGCCGUUUACAAAUGCGGUGCUACACGAAGUGCAGAGGUUUAUCACCCUCCUGCCCCACGUUCCCCGCUGCACUGCUGUUGACACCCACUUCAGGGGCUACUUCCUUCCCAAGGGUAUAAUUGUAAUCCCGUCGCUCACCUCAGUGCUGCUGGAUAAGACACAAUGGGAGACACCACAUCAGUUCAACCCCAAUCACUUUCUUGAUGCUGAAGGGAAUUUUGUAAAGAGAGAGGCUUUCCUGCCCUUCUCCACAGGACGAAGGAACUGCAUUGGAGAAAGCCUCGCCAAGAUGGAACUGUUUGUCUUCUUCGUAGGGUUGCUGCAGACAUUUACUUUUCAACCCCAGCCAGGAGUUUCAGAGUCUGACUUGGACCUUACCGUCCCCCAAACGACUUUCACAUUAAGGCCUCAGCCUCAGGCAACCUGUGCUGUCCUGCGUGAAUAA